GAAGUGAGCCGUGGCGCUGCUGGAAAGCACCCUGUCGGCGCGAGUGGGGGUUUUGCCUUUUGUGUUUGUUGAGUUUUGAGGUUAAGGAGGAUCGUUGAGACAUUUGAUUGAGGACUUUUCUACUGUCUACUUGUCGAGAGACAUAUUUGACGCUUUCUACCGUAUACCGUCUUUUAAUUACAAGUAUUCAAAAUGCUUAUCAAGGUCAAGACACUGACAGGGAAGGAGAUUGAAAUUGAUAUUGAACCUACCGAUAAAGUGGAGCGAAUCAAGGAACGAGUUGAAGAGAAGGAAGGAAUUCCACCCCAACAACAGCGACUUAUUUUCUCUGGAAAGCAAAUGAAUGACGACAAGACUGCACAAGAUUAUAAAGUCCAAGGAGGAUCAGUACUGCAUCUUGUUUUGGCUCUAAGAGGUGGCAUUUAAGAACAACUAUGUAUUUAAAAGUUUAAAAUGUGAUUUCUGUUGUUUUUUUUUUUCCUUAAAGCGCAUGUUAGCAUGUGCUUAUUAUUUUGAAGCCUCUCUCAAUGUCUCUUUCUCAAACCAUCAAUCAGAAUUGAACAACAAUACGAGUUGUAAUUUAUUGUAUUAAAUCUUUUUAAAUGAGUAA